AUGUUCGAGACGUUCAUCAGAGCAAAUGGGAACAAGGACCAGUUUAUCCGCCGCUUCACCCUCAAGAAAGUUUCCGAGAAAACCUCAGAGCUGGAUGAGGAGGGUGGGUAUUACACCCCCGACGAAAUGAAGAAGAAUUUGAACUACUCCCAGACCGACCUCGUCGACAAGAGCAUCAAGUACUAUUGGUGCCGCACACGUGUCAAAGGUCUCAAGCGCUUGAGGCAGACACAAGCAAUGGAGGAGACAAUGGAGGCUGAAGGCACAGGCGCCAUGGACAUUAGUGGCAUGGAUGUGAAUGGUGUCACUGCUCGAAACAUGGGCCUCCAAACUGCCGCUGACAUUGAAUCUGCCAAAACCGAGGCGGAGAAGCUGGAGAUCCAGCAGAAGGAGCUUCUGUCGGUUCAGGAAAAGUGCAGUGCCCUCAUGGACAAGCUGGCUCUCAUCAAUAAUCCUGAGAAGAAGGAACGUGCCACAGCGUCUCGAGGUAAGCUGGAUCUCAUGGCCAAGUCCGCUGAAAAGAUUUACGAGAGAAUGGCUGAUGCCACGGCCAAGCUACACACGGACCUUGGAGUGAAGAGCACCAACUACAGGUGCUCCAUGUGGACGGGCCUGGAGCGCACGUGCCGGCCACUGCCUCAGCGCAAGCAGCCGCUCCUUCGCAAGCCACCCAAGAAGAAGGAGGAGGAGGAAGACAAGUCCGCGGGAAGCGAAGGAGACAUCCAAGUUCAUGGCUGCUACAAGCAGCUCGAGAUGUUCAAACCUUCGGUCCGUCAUCUACCACGACUGCAGCAGCUUUUGCUGGAUGGCCUCGGCAAUGAUGAUCGUGUGAAGCUCUGCUUGCCACCACCUUUGCUGAACGCAGGCAAAGCUCUGCUUUCCAUUCGGGAACGGGUUGCUAGUAUCCUUCGUUUGGGGCCCACUGUGUAUAAGAUCGGCCUCACUGGUGAUCCUUUGUUCCGCUUUUACAAAGUGCCCUCGAAGACAAACUCAUCAGCGGGCUAUCGUUAUGAUAUAGACCAGUAUGCAGAAAUGCAAGUACUGUUUGCAGGGGCCACGUGGGAUGAAGCUGCCUUAAUGGAGGCUGUCCUAAUUUCCGAGUUUCAGGGCCGACCUGGCAAUCGCAACAUCAAUCCUGGGGGUGAGGGGCGGCAAGUCUAUGACCCGCCAUACUUCACAUACAUUGUGUUCAAGUCGGCCCUGGUUGCACCGAAGCGACAGCGCAUAUAUGCUCAGGGGGGAAAGAAAGUGCCGUGCUCCAAGAUGGUGGGACUGGCGAAGGCAAUGAAGGCCGAUGGCCUUGCGACCUCGGCCGGUGGCUUCAUUCAUGAGAUGUCAAAGAUUUCGGAGAAAAAUGCUGAAGGACAAGCGCACAAGCUUCUGAACAAGCACAAGCUCAGUCUGCCGAUUCCACUCCGGGGAAUUCAUGGGGAUCCAGCAAUCGCAGGUUUUCCGAGAUUGAAGCCUUCAGAUAUCUUCCAAUUCAUGGCUGAUUCCGGUCAUCUCAACAAGCUGCUGGGUGGAAGGAGUCUACAGAACAGCCAUCUGCUUCUAUUGUCCUUUUGGGAAAACUACAGAGCCAUACAUCCGGACUUCGAGCUUUUCUCUUCACACCACAGCGACAUUCCUUUAGAAGAAUGCAUACCGAUCGUGGCACACAUCGAUGGAGGGAGAGGCUAUAAGAAGAGUGAGUUUAUGAUCUUUAAUUGGGGGGCAGUCAUAGGCUCAGGUUCCGGGAAAAAGAACAAGAAGGACCCUGCUGUUCGAGCUUUCGGGGUUUCUGGAUACAAGAUGCAGUUGCCUUUGCUGGGCCAUUCCUAUACUACACAUUUUCUUUAUGCUGCGAUGCCAUCUUCCUGGCAUAAAAACAGCGAAACUUCUUUUCAGGCAUUGCUUCGCACUUUCGCCGAAGACCUCAGGGAAUGUUUCGAUGACGGCAUUUCAUGGAAAGGCCGGGUUCUACGCCUGGUUUGUAUAGGAUUGAAGGGCGAUUUGAAGCUGCAGGCACGUGCCGGUCGCCUAGUCAGAUGGUUCACUACAGCGCGCAAAGCUCCAUAUUCUGAGACAGCCAAGGGUUCUGGCCAGUGCUGCUGGUUGUGUUCUGCUGGGGAUGUCAGUGCCCCUUUCGAAGAGAUUCAGAGUGAAAGCCCUGCUUGGCUUCAGCAGAUGCCUACAUUUACAGAGCCUCCGUGGCAGCCUGGGCUUGAAGGGGGCAUGCUCAGACCCUCAUUGUCCUACAUGGACCGACCUGCCAAAUUUUAUUUGGCUGAUUUGUUUCAUGUCUAUUUGGCUGGAGUUGGGCAAGAUUUCUGCUCGUCAUGCCUGGUCUACAUGCUGUCGAACCUUUUUGCGGGUCCUCCAGGCAAUAACUCCGUUGAUGCACAAAUCGAGAACUUGAACGCCGUUUUCCGAAAUUGGCGAGUCGCAAAGAAGGAGGCGGUGCAUCUGACUGCUUUCACGAGGGACAAGUUGCAGUUCUUCGAUGCUACUUCGGCAUUCCCAUCUGGCAGUUGGUCCAAGGCUGCUGAUACGGCACGGAUUACAAAGUUCAUCCUGUACAUGUGUGAGACACACCGUGACACUUGCAAGGAUGACAAAAUCAUGCUGUAUAUUUACCGUGCUGCUUCUGCGAUCAGCCGCUUCAUGCAGGCUCUCUAUGCUUGCGACUUGUGGAUGGAUUCCGAGCUGCAUGAGCCUCCUGAAGUGGCUCCAAUUGUGGCUGAUGGUUUCCGCUUCUUGAGAUGUUAUUCCAAACUUGCGACAUUAGCAUUGGCACAAGGCAAGCCGCUCUGGCCUUAUCGACCAAAGAUCCACGUUUUGCAUCACUUUAUCAUCGACAUGAAGCAAGCAUGUGACAUGGGCACGCCGGCCCUGAACCCACUAUCGGUAUCCUGUUCACAAGCCGAAGAUUUUAUUGGACGCACGGCACUUCUUAGCAGAAGGGUCGCUGCUAAUACUGCUCAGGGCCGGGUUUUGCAAAGAUGGCUUGCUGGAGCCAUGCAGCAGUGGGUUCGUGCCUGA